UCAGCUAUAAAUAAGCUCACAAACUACACUCACUCACUCACUGAACCAUAACCAUGGCCGCUCUCCUCUUCUCACUACUCGCUCUCUUCCUCUUCCUCUGCCACCAACCCUCCGCCACGGCCACCAGCUGCGGCGGCGCCGACCACGGCUCCACCCUCCAAGUGCUCCACGUGAACAGCCCCUGCUCCCCAUUCAGGCCCAAAACCUCUCUCUCAUGGGCCGACUCGCAGGCCCAAGACAAAACCCGCCUCCAAUACCUCUCCAGCCUCGUCGCCGGCCGCUCCAUCGUCCCCGUCGCCUCCGGCCGCGCCGUCACCCAGAACCCCACCUACAUUGUCCGUGUCAACAUCGGCACUCCACCUCAGCACCUCCUCGUCGCCCUCGACACCAGCAACGACGCCGCCUGGAUCCCUUGCGCCGGCUGCAUCGGUUGCUCCUCCUCCACCUUCGACCCCGCCAAGUCCUCCACCUUCAAGCCCCUCCGCUGCGGCUCCCCUCAAUGCUCCCAGGUCCCUAACGGAAGGUGCGGCGGCGCGUCGUGCGGGUUCAACACGACGUACGGCAGCUCCUCCAUCUCAGCCGGUCUAGUGCAAGACAACAUCACCCUCGCCACCGACUCGGUCCGCGGCUACACCUUCGGGUGCGUGCAGAAAAGCACCGGCUCGUCGUUCCCGGCCCAGGGACUAUUGGGCCUUGGGCGAGGCCCAUUAUCUCUAAUGAGCCAGACCACCAGCCUCUACCAAUCCACAUUCUCCUACUGCUUGCCCGGCUACAAGUCCGUCAACUUCGCCGGAUCACUCAGGCUGGGCCCCCACAGCCAGCCCAUCCGAAUCAAAACCACUCCCCUUCUGAGGAACCCUAGGCGAUCAUCUCUCUACUACGUCAAUCUCCUCGCCAUCAGACUCGGGAGAAAGGUCCUCGACAUUCCCCCAUCCGCCUUCGCCUUCGACCCCAACACCGGCGCCGGCACCGUUUUCGAUUCAGGCACGGUGUUCACGAUCCUGGUGAAGCCGGCGUACGAGGCGGUGAGGAACGAGGUGCGGCGGAGGAUGCGAGGCGCGGCGGUGACGUCGCUGGGAGGGUUCGACACGUGCUACAGCGGCGCGAUCAACGUGCCGACGAUGACGUUCAUGUUCUCGGGGAUGAACGUGACGCUGCCGCAGGACAACUUUGUGAUCCGGAGCAGCGCCGGGAGCACGGCAUGCCUGGCGAUGGCGGCGGCGCCGGAGGGGGCGCUGAACUCGGCGCUGAACGUGAUAGCGAGCUUCCAGCAGCAGAACCACCGGAUCCUGAUCGACGGGGCCAAGUCGAGGCUGGGGGUGGCGCGUGAGGCGUGUAGCUAGAUUUGUGUCGGUGCCGACAGUGAAAUUUCGCUAUUUACUAAAUUUGAGCGUUCACGGGUUUGGACUUUGGGUUAGUUUUUGUAUUUCUGAAAUUGAGUGUAAUUUGUCACGGGUUGGGUGUUAACACUCCCCCUACCCUACCUGCAGUACAAAUAAAUCUACUCCUUUUACUGUAGCAA